AAGGAGCGUUUCGCCCACGCUCCACUCCUAGAGCGUUGUUACCUUCACGCGUAGAUCGAGCGUGUCAACGCUAUAUUGUGCCGAAUCUCCUAUUCUGCGAUCCCGCCACGUGUAGACAUCCUCCCGCAACAAUAUUAAAUAAAAGGAAGGGAAAAAAGCGAAUAACAGAGGAAGUCCUCGCAGGACCACAUGCGUGUCAGAAAAGGAAGGUUGUUUCGGCUACUCGUGUUCAAAUGCGAUUGGUUCAAGUACGCCGGUCUGAGAAGGCUUUACACGUGGUAGGCUCAGGGCAGGAGAGAGAAUCGCCUCUGAUCAGAUGGACGGUGGCGAUUAGCUUCUUCCUAUUCAGAGUUUCUACGUCAUACCAACUGUACAUGUCGGAUCCUGCCCCUGACGGUGACUGGCAGCUGCCCGUAACGAGCUGGUGAAUUUGGGCAGGUGGGGGUAUUCCCUCCCCUGUAGAAAAAGCUUCCGCUGAACCCAUUUUAAUGGCGUCCUGAAGUCCUUCGCCUGAAAUCUCUUGUUUCAGAGUUUUUCUCUUGUUUUGGGUUCUGGACUUCUAAGUCUAGUUUUAGAACUCAACCAAAGAAAGCCGAUUUGGGAGCUGCUUCGGAUAAAAAUUUUAGCGUGGAAAUUAAAUAGCUGAAGAAUUAGUUGAGUUAUUCCGGGAAUGGCAGGGAUGUGUUUUGGAGUUGUUGGAGAGGCUGAGACGCCGGCGAAGAUUAAGCCGAGCACGCGAACGGCGAGGCGGAAGAGAUUGGAGAUUCGGCAGUUGAAGUUUGUCGCUGACGUUGAUAUUGGCCGGAAACGUGCCAAGCUCGAGACUUGUCCCCCGUCUCCGCCGCCGCGCCAGUGCGAGAACGCCGUUGAGAAUUGUGAUGUGAAGGAACAUGAGUUUGAAGAGGACAGCGGAGAAACGAAGAAAUUGAAUCAGCCAGAGGCUAUGAAGGUGUUUGAGAAUGAUCAGAUUGUAGAAGACUACCCCAAGUUCGGUAUGACGUCGGUUUGCGGCAGAAGAAGAGACAUGGAGGACGCCGUGGCGAUUCACUUGUCGUUAUGCACUCGAGAAAGAGAUUCACACUUCUUCGGCGUUUAUGAUGGCCAUGGCUGCUCUCAUGUUUCUCUAAAAUGCAAGGAACGGUUACACGAGAUAGUGAGAGAGGAGCUUAACGAUGAUGAGGCGCAGUGGGUAGGUGCGAUGGAACGGAGUUUCCUUCGCAUGGACAAGGAAGUGCAGGAGUGGUCUAACAGCGCAACUACUUCUGAUUGCCGGUGCGAGCUGCAGACGCCACAGUGCGACGCCGUUGGAUCUACGGCGGUGGUUGCGAUUGUAACUCCACGCAAGAUCGUCGUCUCCAACUGCGGCGAUUCUCGCGCCGUGCUCUGCCGAAACGGUGUCGCAGUACCCCUCUCCUCCGAUCAUAAGCCUGAUCGACCGGAUGAACUGCACCGGAUCCAAGCCGCCGGUGGCCGCGUAAUAUACUGGGACGGCCCUAGGGUUCUGGGAGUCCUGGCAAUGUCCAGAGCAAUAGGCGACGACUACUUGAAGCCGUACGUGACUGCACUGCCGGAGGUGACGGUAACUGAUCGGACGACAGAGGACGAGUGCCUGAUUCUGGCUAGCGACGGGCUGUGGGACGUGGUGGACAACGACACGGCGUGCGGGGUGGUGCGCAUGUGCCUGCGGGCGCAAAGGGCGUCGCCUCCGCCGUCGCCGCCACAGGGGAACGGCGGCCUGGGCGAGGCCGCCGAGUGCUCCGAUAAAGCGUGCUCGGACGCCGCGAUUCUGCUGACAAAGUUAGCGCUGGCCAGGCACAGCUCGGACAAUGUCAGCGUGGUCGUCGUGGAUUUGAGAAGAAAUGUAGAUCUAUAGCCAUAUUAAGAGGAGAGGAGCUCCGAUCGCCUGCCGCUGUUCAUCAUCUUCCCCAGUUUAAUUUUUAUUGGAUUUAUUUUUUAUGAAGAAAUAUAUAUAUAUAUAUAUAUAAUUAUUAUUGUUAUUAAAUUGAGCUUAUUUUAUAUAGGGCUUUUAAUGAGGCACCUGAAACGAAAUGUGUCCUCUUAGUGAGUCGGUACAUUCUGCGCAAAAUGUGCAGAAGCUUAUGAAUUAUACAUGUUAAUGCUUUUGAGGUAUAAUAAUAUGGGAACUUCAAUGUAA